AUCAAAAUCUCAUUAUAUAUCCAACAGAGAGCGUCAUACACGCAUCCACCGCCCGAACGAACGAACGAGUGGUUCAUCCAUUGUACACAGCGUCGACUGGCACACAUUGGCCGCCUGCACGAACAGAAGGAAGCGAAUGUGGGUCAACACAUUCACCCUCAUCUGUUCGGGAGGCCAAGUCACGUGAAGCCGUCGAAGCGAGCGGAACACAGCGACACAGGUGGCCGCGCAGAAAGGAACAUUGGCCAAAACAGUCGACCAUCAUCAAGGGGCAUCCUUCACACCAGCAUUAAUCCACACAUGUGCACCUCUCUGUCUGUCUGCCUGUCUGUCUGUCUGUUAUCCACACACCCAGUCACCCACACACAUACACAAACGAAGCCAUCCCAUCAUCACUGCCGCCUCCUCAGCGCCCCCAGCAGCCCCUGCACCUCUCUCCCAAACUCACCCUCACCCACACUCGGGUACAGCCCACCGCCCGCAUUCUCUGGCUGGUCCCCCCCUCCCAGCAGCUGUCUUGACACAUUGCGCACGGCAGACGCCACCACGUCGGGCAGGCCGCCAGGGGGCCCGAGCAUCGGGGUGCGGAAGACGGCUCUGGCGCGCCGGGCGCAGUCCAUGGUGUACUUGCCGUCCAGCACACCGCCGAGCAGAGAGCCGAACGCUGGGAUGCUGCGGAAGAGGCGGGUGCCACCGGCCUGGUAUGCAGAUCCAUGGAUGGAUGGAUGGAAAGGUGUGGGUGGGUGGGGGGUGGUGUCAGUCAGAUACCUUGGCGAUAAGGUGGUAUACGACGUUCUCCAGUAGGUGUGCCCAUUCCCAUGGAGGCACCUGAGAGCUGCAUCACAGCACAUGACAUCACAUGGGAGAGAAUGACUGAUAAGGGAUGCAUGUGGUGAUGUGUGUGGUCACAAGCUCAGCUCACCCUCCGUAGACUCCGAUCUUCCUCAGGGUGGCGACACAGCCCUCGUCACCCAGCAAACACGCAAUGAUCUGCAUACACACACGGGACAGAGACACAAAUACACACACAAACACUGACGUGCCGGUCUCCCUCCCUCCCUCCCUCCCUCUGUCGUACACACACACCUUGAGUUGCGUCUCGGGCAUUUGCACGUCAUGACCCUCCAUCUCAGCUAUGAUCUGACACACACAGGCAGGCAGGCAGUGUGGUCUCUCCUCGACUUCGUGUCGCUCUCCCUCCCCCCUCCCACUCACCCCUGUCAGCCUGCAGCUGAAGAACAGCGUCGACACCAUCCCGAUCGGCAGCAGCACCAGAGACGUCGUCCAGUGCAACGGCGUGCCCGUGAAAAAACCUGCAAACACCAACCACACACACACACUCACACCCAUCGCACACACAUCCAGAACACAGUCACAUUCCUGCGACAAACAGACGGACCUGAGAGGAACGCCCCGGAUGCCUGGUGGUUGACGAGGUACUCGAGCGCAUGGUUUGUGUCCCGGAACUCCUGGUCGUCCACCUGCUUCUUGAGCCGGUCGGCGCACUGCUUAACGGGGUGGAAGGAUAUCAGCCAGCUCAUCUCGUCGGCCUGGUCCUGGCUGACGGCCAGGGGCAGCCACCCGAGAGGGAUGUGGAUGUCCACUCCCGUGAGCGACCACUUCAUGAGCUGCUGCACCGCUGUCUUGAGGUCCAUUGUGGUCAGGCAGCGGGCGAUCGUCGCACUCACUGGGCGGCUGGAAGGCUGACAACGACGAGAAAUGGCCAGGACACAUUGCAGUGGAUGGCUGGACAGACGGCUGGGUGCUUACGCGUGUGUUGAGGUUGUAGUUUCUGAUGAGGUUGUCGAGGCUGUCUAUGCGUAUGGUCCGCCGGCAGGCUGGGCACUCAACUCUGCCGUGCUUGUGAAGCUUCCUCAGGCACCGACGGCUGCACAACAUGCAGACACACAGACACAGACAGAGUGAACACACGACAGGCUACUAGUUUCAUUCCUUUCUCACUGCUCUGCUCCACUUACCAGUAGCUGUGGCCGCAGGGGAGAAUCAGCGGUGUCCUGUCAGGCUCUCGAAAUACCUCGUAACACACGGGGCACUCCAUCUCGUACACUCAUCACAUUCAGAUGUCUCCCUUUUUUCCUUCGGGUUUCCGAAGAAGGGCCUGAG